ACAGAGGAGGCCAAGUUGCGAGGUUACCGCAUGGCCCAGAAAAUGUUGUAAUGAAAGCACUUUUGGAGUCCCACGACCUCGUCGGGGCGCGCACCUUCCUGGUGGAGCGCGGGCGGGGCCCCCCAACCAUCCGCAUAGCGAGCGAGAGCUGCCGACCUUCCAGCGGGCCAGACCGCGCGCGAACCAGGCAAAGCAGAGUCGGCAACUUUCUUGUCGCCCGCUCGACGAGUCCGCGGGGUCGGGCGCCGCCGGACGGAUUUCGGGGCAAGAAGACCGCGUCCCAGAUGCGGCGAGGGCCCCGCUCUCUCCCGGGGCGGCGACGCGCAGUGCCGAAUUGACCCAGAGGGAAGACCCCGACGCGCAGCCAGCUCGGCCGGGGGCGCCAAAGACAGCACCAUGUCCAGCCUGGCCGGCAGCCUGCAAGUUCCUCUCCUGACCGGGAACCUGACCGCCCUGGUGCACCGCCCAGGAAAGGACGAGCGGCCACGCAACCAGGACUACGCCGUCGGAACCAUGACGAUGCUCUUCCUGGCCGCCUACUACAAGGCGUACCAGGAACUCUACAGGCACUACAAGAAAAACGUCAAGGCGUAUCGGCACCCCUUCGACCGCCAGUACCGGUACAACGAGAUGAAGCGGGUGUGCUACUACCUCCUAAACGAGCCGCAGCUGAGCCCGGAGGCCGUGGACGUGUCGCUGUGCACACACCUGGUGGCCGGGGCCCUGGCCGUGUCCCCGGACGGCAGGCUAGUGCCCCGGCGUCACGGCCACGACGCCCUCAUCGGCCGGCUGGCUGCACGCGCAGGGCUCAAGGUGCUCGUCUCGGUGGGCGCUCACGGACCCGGCGCGCUCUCGCACGUAGUCGCCUCCCGCCACGCCAGGCUGAGGUUCAUCCGGUCGGCUGUGUGCCUGGUGCGGAGGCACAAGCUGAGCGGCCUGGACUUAGACUGGGAGUUCCCGGGCUGGUACAGCGGCCACGUCCACGACCGGUUCUUCUUCAAGGUCCUCGUGCAGGAGUUCCGCGACUACAUGAACGACACGGACAAAGAGUUCUUGCUCACGGCCAGCGUGUCUGGGCUGCCUGCCGUCAUCCUGACAUCGUACGAAGUGCGAGCAUUGGCAAGGAAGCUGGACUUCGUCAACCUGAUGGCGUACGACCUAAACUUCUUCAGCCCGCACAGCCCCUUCACGCAGCACCACAGCCCGCUGUUUCACAAGCACCGAGACACGCUGACAGUGGCGUCGGCGGUGCAGCACUGGGCCGAGCUGGGCAUGCCCCCCGAGAAGAUGGUGCUGGGCAUCCCCCUGUACGCGCGCACCUUCCGACUGGCACACAGGCGCCAUCACGGCUGGGGCAGCAGGGCCCUGGGACCCGGCCUGGGACGAGGCUUCCUGCCAUUCAACCAGGUGUGCAAGUUCCUGAAGAAGGGUGCCGUGGAGGUGAUGGACAAAGAGGCCCACGCUCCGUACGCGUCCAAGGGUCGGGACUGGAUCUCGUACGACAGCGUCCAGAGCGCCGUGUUCAAGAGCUUGUGGGCGGAAGCCAUGGGCCUCGGAGGAGUGAUGCCAUACGCGCUCCAGUGGGACGACUGGCAGGGCCACUGCGACAACGAGACCAGGUUCCCGAUCCACAGAGCCAUCUGGAAGGCCAUCGGCUGAACAAGCAGACACCCCGGAGCCGAGCUCGGAAAGCCUCCUUGACGAACAUUCCCUCAGUGCUCUCUGCAAUCUGCUGUGUGCUUAAUAAAAAGUUGG